AUGAGCGGCGCCCUGGGUCCUGAAGCGCUUCAAGCCCAGGAAAUGGAGCAAGCUCGCGCCCAGCAAAUGAUGAACAUGAUUGCCAGACAGCAGCAACUAAGCCAAGCCAACAUCAAUGGACCAUCACCGCAAGAGAUGAACCGUAUGUCGGGAAUGGUCCGCUCCUCAUAUGACGGCAUCCCCAUCACAAAGCCUACAGACAUCGGCUUCAUCGGAUCCAGUCCACAGUGGAUGGGCGCCUAUGAAACAGCCUGCAGCCAGGGAACGUUCUCCGCAGCGAAAUCUGUCGUCCCACCAGAGAGCAUCUCCCCAGCAUUACUACACCACGGCUUAACUCUCGCCCUAAGAGCAGGAAACGCCGCUGUUGCCUGGGAUCUACUCGGGCAUGGCGCACGCCUCGUCCGCCAAACACCACUGCACAUCCUGGACGCACCAGCAAAUCUCCAGAUCCAGCUCUUCCAGAUCCUACAACAACAUGGCUGGACUCCUAAUUCACCGGGGAACUACGGAGCCGUUCUACUGCCAAAGGUGGUCAGCAACAUUGCACUUCUCCGCUGGUUCCUCGAAAACGGCGCGAACCCGAAUCUCGGCGCGCAGCGAUUCAGCGGUGAUCGGAACUGUGACUCUGAUCCAGCUUCAUGCGCCGCGCUCGAAGCAGCCGCUACACAUGGAAGCGUAGAGGCUGUGCAGAUGCUUCUCGACGCCGGCGCCGAGAUCAAGAAUGGUACCCCAUUACACUAUGCUGCUGGUGCGUGCACGCCUGGCGCGAGUACACAUGAAGUUGCUAGUAAAGAGUUCGACGUGAGUCGGAUACCGGUGAUGGCAUUACUGGUAUCUAAUGGAGCGGAUGUGAAUCAGAGGGGAGACUCAGUGCUGGUGAAGCAUCAUCCGAUUAUGUAUGCGGUCAUGGCGAAGGCUGUGGAGAGGGUACGGUGGCUUCUGGAACAUGGAGCGGACCCUGAGGCGAGGGGGGAUUGGGGGAGUGCGGCGGAGUACGCGGCUGCCAUGGGGAGCGAGGAGAUGAAGAGAGUUGUUGAGUGGGGUGUUGGGGUUAGAAGGAGUGUUCAUGGGCUUGCUGGGGAGGCGCUCGCGAUCCGGAUGAGGCCGGGUGCUGGGUAG